AUAGAUAUACUUGCAGGGAUAUGGAAUUUUGGCUUCCUCUGUAGAAUAGCUAUAGUUAAUACAUCCUUACAUUCAACAGAUACAAAGCAAGACUGCAAGUCCUAGGUUCUUUCCUGGAAGCAGAUCUGGGAUAGGUUGAAUUGUGGCUUGGCCUUCAUCUCUGGUAUCUUCCCACAGGUCCAUCAUGUCUGACAGAAAGGCUGUGAUCAAGAAUGCUGACAUGUCUGAGGACAUGCAGCAGGAUGCUGUUGACUGUGCCACUCAGGCCAUGGAGAAGUACAAUAUAGAGAAGGAUAUUGCAGCAUACAUCAAAAAGGAAUUCGACAAGAAAUACAACCCCACCUGGCACUGCAUCGUGGGCAGGAAUUUCGGCAGCUACGUAACGCACGAGACGAAGCACUUCAUUUACUUCUACUUGGGCCAAGUGGCGAUUCUCCUCUUCAAGUCCGGCUAGGGGGCAGGCCAGCGCCUGUGGGGGCCACGGCUGGCGAGGAACACGGACUGUAGUGCGCUAAAGGCAGGAGCUCUGGCUGCUUUACCCAUGGCUGCGCCACUGCAUGGACUCGAUACUAUAUUUAAUGUGUAUAUGUUGCCGUAAAACACCUACAAAUUCUUGUUUCUUUCUCUGUUUUGGGGGGGUUGCCUAGGCAAAGAAAGGCAGCAUAUUUCCCCCUCUUCUUCUCCCCCACCUUUAUGUUCCUGCUUCUUAUUUUUCUGUUCUUUUGCACUUAGGAGAACUGUAAAAUGCUUCAACAAUGGCCUAUAGGUGAGAAGAAGAAAUAAAUAAAACAAGAAACUUCGAUUCCACAAAAUAAAUCUUUGGGUUCAACUUCCUUGCAGAAGGCUUGACGCCUGACCUAACCCAGGGGGCGGGGGUAAACGGUGUUAGGUGUAGAAUCUAUCUAAAAAUUACUAAAUAAUUUUUAAAUUCCUCUUCCCGAGAUGGCAUUAUUCUCCCAUGAAGUUGCCUUAGCUCUAAACGAGGUGAUUGGAGGCAGCCCUGGGUGCGUCUGCGUAUCUGUGUGUUGUCUUGGCCCAAUUCUCUCGCUCUUUCGGAUUCGCCAUGGCUGCCUCCGGCACAAAUCGAGCACACCGACGCUGAUGGUCAUUUGUGAAAUGCUCGGUAUCCUCUUGAGGAGACGGCCCCCAGAAUCGGCUGGCCUGGCCUCUCAAACAUUCCUGAGUCGGCACUUCCAAAGCAUUUUCAAACGAAAGAUGUCUAGUCUGUAUGUCCAAGAUUAUGUCGUGAUGCCCAAUGGAUGUGAUCGGGAUUUUCUAUGCCCCCGUUUUGAGUCUGUACAGUACUGCCUUAUUGUAGCUCAUGUCCUCGUGCAGGGACGAACCUGUCUGAAAUCAGUGGCUUAAUUGUUGCUGUGCUUUAAAUGUCUCCAGUAAAGAUGGAUAGACCUUCAUCUGUUAGAGCAGUGUUUUCUCAACCCUGGUGGCUGGAAGAUGUGUGGGCCAUGCUGGCUGGGGAAUUCUGGGAGUUGAAGUCCACACAUCUUCCAGUCGCCAAGGUUGAGAAAACACUACCUUAGAGGCUGAACCCGUCUCUCUUCUGUUGGCUUUCUAUUCUGAUCUCCUGAACCUGCAAGAAAAGGUCUCUGGUGGGCUUUCUUAGCUUCUUUAGUCUGUGGCUGUACAGGCGUAUUUUAAGUUCUGUUGCAACAGUAAAAAUAAAAGUGGGAUUGUUACUUCCUUUUGCAAAGGUUACGUAUGAAAUGCAGCGAUAGCUUUAACAUCUUUAACAUUUGCUUUCUGCCGUUAAAAAGAGCCUAGAAAUUCUAUUUGGGGGUGGAGUGGGGAAAGCAGGUCCCUCUUUUGGAAACAGUGGUGCAAAGAAGCAAGACUUCAUUUGAAGUAGCACUUUAACUCCCGGGUUCAAAAUGUGAGGAAAUGGCCCUCGUCUUUCCAUUCUAUCCCGGGGUUAGUGGUAAGAGAAAUACGGCAGUCUCCCCUCACUUGUGGGGGUGGGUUGUGCGUGAAAGGGCAAGACAGACCCAGACCACUUUUUUCACACUGCCCUGUAUGCCGAAUCCAAAGUAUGCCAAAAACUACCGGCUCUAUGUAGAACUGUUCUGUGAAAAAAAACAAGUGUCAAAGUUGGCAUAGCUGUUGUGUUCAAUGUUGACUGACACUCUUCCAUCUAAGGCAGGGAGGCAGUGGCAAAGUGCCUGGGGUUCAACAGGGCACCCAGGUCACCAUCUUUCAGAAAAAGAAAAAACAUCCUUGGUUGGAAAAAGAAGACUGUCUCUUUAAUUCUGUGCAUGAGUCUAACUGAAUAAGCUCACUUCAUGGAGCGUGAGAAAUGAACGUUCCCAUCCUGACAGCAGUUGCUCAGACUAACCCUUUUUAUUUUUCAAAAACAUUAAAAUCAAAUUGACACACUUAAGAA